GCCAGCGCUGCGAUUCGGUGCCGCGGGGUGCAAAGCUAGUGCUGGGAACGCGUGUCCAGCCUGGGGCCCCCACGGGCUAGAAGGCGGUGACUGGCAAGGAUUUGGGAGGAGGGAGCAGUGAACGAGUAAUGUUUCUGACCACAGCGCUACUCCGAAAAAGGAUUCCUGGGAAACAAUGGAUUGGAAAAUACAGAAGACCAAGAGUGGUUACUCUUUCAAUGAAGCGUUCAGUGAUUCAAAGGCUGGAAGUUGAAGCUGAGAAUGAAUAUUGGCUGAGUCGACCAUAUAUGACACCAGAGCAGGAAUAUAAACAUAAUGCAGAGCGGAGACUUGCAAAAUGGGAGGCCUUGAAAAGCCAGAUAAUAUCUAAGUUUCCUGAACAUAGAUACGUUGCGGAUCAUUUGAAUCACUUGAAUGUGACUAAAAAAUGGACAAACUCUUAAAUCAUAUCUGUUCACUUUUGGCAUAUUUGCAGUGCUCUACCAUCUGAUCUGUUGUAGGCUGUUCAACACCUCUUGUGGAAAAUUUUGUACUUGGUAAAAAAAAUGUGGGGAUAAGGAUGUGAAUCUGAUGAACAUUUGUCUUCUGUUAAUAUAUGUAGAGAUAAUGACAUUAAAAUCAAUCAUAGAGAAAAAA